AUGGCCUUCAAAAGCGGGUCGUUCGCGACCUUCCUCAUCGUCUGCCCAACCUGUUUCUUCCUGGGCAUUAUCUUCUCCCUCUUCCCAUACGACUACCCAAUCCUCUGGUCAACAAUCACCACCCCAGCCGCCCACUAUGACUACCUGGAGGCGCACCUCCGCUUCUUGCACGCCUCGCCCCCGCUCAUCCCACGCAUUCUGCACAUCGUAAUCUUCCUCGGGCUCGCAGGCCUCCUAACAAAACUCUACAAACCCUCCGAAUCAAACAUGCUCUUCGACGGCGCUUCCCUAGUCCUCUACAUGUGCGGCAUCACCGUCUACAUCGCCAACAUCGUCAAGGGUCUGCGCCUCGCCUCGGCUGGCCAGUACGGCGCCGAGCUGGCGACCACCGCGGACGAGAAGGACCAGAUCCUUGGCCGUGAGGACUCACUCAAGGUCCUUUCUGCUUCCAACACCAUCCUUGCCCUUGUUCUGGUCGGUAUUCUCGUUCUGCAGGCUGGUCAGUGGUAUGCGGAGCGCAAGGAUCAGCAGGAGUUCGAGUCGCUUGGCUCUGGGAAGAAGGGUGAGAAGGAGCAUGCUGAUUCGGCUGCUUCAGCUUCCGCUUCCGGGGCUUCUACUGCUACUCCUGCUAAGCCUGGUCGUCAGGGUAGCCAGCGGAAGAAGAGUAAUUGA